AUGUGGCAAUGUGAAGACACGGCCAUUAGGGCGAGCAGGACACAACGACAGCCGGCCAACAUUAGGGCGAGUCUGACACAACGACAGCCGGCCAACAUUAGGGCGAGCCGGACACAACGACAGCCGGCCAACAUUAGGGCGAGCCAGACACAGCGACAACUGGCCAACAUUAGGCCGGCCAACAUUAGGGUGAGCCAGACACGACAGCCGGCCAACAUUAGGGUGAGCCAGACACGACAGCCGGCCAACAUUAGGGCGAGCCGGACACAACGACAGCCGGCCAACAUUAGGGCGAGCCAGACACAGCGACAGCCGGCCAACAUUAGGGCGAGCCAGACACAGCGACAGCCGGCCAACAUUAGGGCGAGCCAGACACGACAGCCGGCCAACAUUAGGGUGAGCCAGACACGACAGCCGGCCAACAUUAGGGUGAGCCAGACACGACAGCCGGCCAACAUUAGGGUGAGCCGGACACAACGACAGCCGGCCAACAUUAGGGCGAGCCAGACACAGCGACAGCCGGCCAACAUUAGGGCGAGCCAGACACAGCGACAGCCGGCCAACAUUAGGGCGAGCCAGACACGACAGCCGGCCAACAUUAGGGUGAGCCAGACACGACAGCCGGCCAACAUUAGGGUGAGCCAGACACGACAGCCGGCCAACAUUAGGGUGAGCCAGACACAGCGACAGCCGGCCAACAUUAGGGCGAGCCAGACACGACAGCCGGCCAACAUUAGGGUGAGCCAGACACGACAGCCGGCCAACAUUAGGGUGAGCCAGACACGACAGCCGGCCAACAUUAGGGUGAGCCAGACACGACAGCCGGCCAACAUUAGGGCGAGCCAGACACAGCGACAGCCGGCCAACAUUAGGGUGAGCCAGACACGACAGCCGGCCAACAUUAGGGUGAGCCAGACACGACAGCCGGCCAACAUUAGGGCGAGCCAGACACAGCGACAGCCGGCCAACAUUAGGGUGAGCCAGACACGACAGCCGGCCAACAUUAGGGUGAGCCAGACACGACAGCCGGCCAACAUUAGGGUGAGCCAGACACAGCGACAGCCGGCCAACAUUAGGGCGAGCCAGACACAGCGACAGCCGGCCAACAUUAGGGCGAGCCAGACACGACAGCCGGCCAACAUUAGGGUGAGCCAGACACGACAGCCGGCCAACAUUAGGGUGAGCCAGACACGACAGCCGGCCAACAUUAGGGUGAGCCAGACACAGCGACAGCCGGCCAACAUUAGGGUGAGCCAGACACGACAGCCGGCCAACAUUAGGGUGAGCCAGACACGACAGCCGGCCAACAUUAGGGUGAGCCAGACACGACAGCCGGCCAACAUUAGGAUUUUAGAAAUGGUUGAUGUAAACACUGGUUUGGCAACAGCGUUGUGGAACGAGUUGCCAAGUGGCGCCAUUGAGCGCCAGUGA